GAACAAUAUCACCCACGAAUCUAGCUCCAACAACAGAAAGCUAAAGUUUUUCUCAUAUCAUCAAUAACCAAAUAUGAAGAGAAUAGUCAUAAAGGUGCAAGUGGAGAGUGAAAAAGGCAGAAGAAAAGUCCUAACAGUCGCUGCGAAAUCUCAAGUACAUGCAGGAGUUCGUUCACUAUCCUUAGAAGGCGAAAACAGAGACCAAGUGGUGGUUACCGGAGAUGGAGUCGAUGCUGUUAAAUUAACCAAUCAACUGAGAAAGAACUUCUAUACCACGCUAAUAAGUGUGGAAGAUAUGGAAGAAGACGAAGAAGAAGAUGAAGAAGAAGAAGAAGAGGAUGAAGAAGCCACGCCAAAGGAAAAUUCAUCACCACCUUGUCCAAUUUGCACAACCUAUCUUCAACGUUGUCCAUUAUGUACCAGCUUUCUUCCACCUUCUCCCAUGCGUAGUUACGUGGUUUAUGAUUCCGACACCAAUAGCUGCACCGUUGUCUGAGUUAAUUUACCUAUAAGAGAUGGCUGGGUAUAGAUAUGUUAAACACAAAACAAUGACAUUUUCUUUGGUUAGACAUAGUAU